AGCAGAGACUACGAAUUUCUAUACUAAGAAAAGAUUAAAAACAUUAAACUAAAAAUGGAACCUUUAUUGAGGGGAUGCCCCUACCAGAUGCUUCCCCUCAUGUCUUUCGUCAUCUCUCCGAAUCCCCGUGAUAUAUCUAUUUUCAUAAACGACGAAACUCACAAGGAAAGUGAAUCCCUCACCACUUCCCCCCAAAUAGGCCUCAACUAGCCCAGUUCAUGUACUUCUUCACCUAUAUAUAAGCCUACCCCUGCAAUUCCUUCUCUGCAUCCUCAUCCACAAGCAACUAAUACUUCCAAUUUAUAUCUAUCUUUCUUCAGCUCUCACUGUCGCUCUCUGCUUCCUUCCAUUGAAUCCAAUUCAAUUUGAUUGUCUAUACAUUGAAACGACGCAUUUUUCCCUGAAAUGGGUCUCACUCAAUCUGCAAAAACAGCCCUUUUUCUUCUUGUCCUCGUUUAUCUCAGUUUUCCCAAUCUGUGUUACGGAGCUAGAAAGCUCACUGCGCUUUACCAACCACCAGCCAUGCUUGUAUCCUACCACAAGGGGGCUUUACUUGAAGGAGACAUCCCAGUCUCCAUUCUCUGGUACGGAAAAUUCACUCCUGCCCAGAAAUCCAUCGUUGCAGAUUUCCUACUCUCUCUCACCCAAAACGACCACCACCAAGUAGGCCUUUCUUCCAAGACACCUAGAGUAUCUCAAUGGUGGGAAACGAUCCAAACUUACGUUGAGAAAGCCGGGAAGAAGGGGACCCAGGUCAUUCUAUCCGGUCAAGUCACCGAUGAAGGGUACUCCAUGGGCAAAUCCUUGAAGAGAUCCCAGAUUUCUGAGUUAGCUGCAAAAGCCAACUCAAAAGCCGGUGGAAUCGCUCUGGUUCUCACGGCGGAUGACGUUGCGGUCGAAGGCUUCUGUAUGAGCAACUGCGGGUUUCACGGGUCUGACUCGGGGAAGAAAUCGACCUUUAUAUGGGUUGGAAACUCGGUGACUCAGUGCCCUGGUCAAUGCGCGUGGCCGUUCCACCAGCCCAUCUACGGACCACAGACCACACCACUGGGUGCCCCCAAUGGGGACGUGGGCUUGGAUGGCAUGAUCGUAAAUAUCGCGAGUUUGUUGGCCGGAACAGUGACGAACCCGUUCGGAAAAGGUUUUUACGAGGGUCAAGCUGACGCGCCACUAGAGGCCGCCUCUGCUUGUACCGGAAUAUACGGCAAGGGCGCGUAUCCGGGAUACGCGGGUGAGUUGCUGGUGGACUCUACUAGUGGUGCCAGCUAUAAUGCGCAGGGGGCGAACAGCAGGAAGUACCUGUUACCGGCAUUAUAUGACCCUAAAACUUCUUCGUGUUCGACGUUGGUCUGAAACUGCCAAUACCUGCGGGGAGACAAGAGCCACAGUUCGUUGACUUUUUGA